CCUGCUUCUUCACUCACCGGAAAACUCACCGGAAAAGCAAAAAAUUAAGAUAAGAUUAUCGAAGAAAAUGUCGAACAGUUUAAUUCUAUCGAUUAAGGUUGUGCUAAUAUCAAUUGGUGCAAUUUCCUUAGCGAUGGUAGCAAAAGCGUCGAUUCCAUUAAUUUAUUAUGAGCUCCCAGCAAUUUGGAGUGUAGUUAUAGCUUGGCUUAAGCCUCCGUAUCUCUACUUUGUUAUCAAUGGUAUAAUCCUCAUUAUCGUCGCCACUUCUCGCACGUCGAACCAUAAGGAGUCCAGCUCCGACGAUCAAUUCCAGCCGUUGAUUACCGCUAGAACACCUCCGCAGUCAGAUUUGAUAGCGAUUACUCAAUCGGAGCUUCAUUCAGUCCAAAGUGAAGUGAAGGUGUUUGAGGCCGUGCCUGUACCGGUGGACGAACCGCAGGUGUUUGAGGUUAAGCCAGUACUGGUGAACGGCUCCGUCGUGGUUAUGAAUCAUGGAGAUGAAGACGUGAUCGAUGAGCCUGAUGCAAGCGAAGCGAUAGUGAUUUCGAAAUCUGUUGUCUCUCCGUUGCCGGAAAUUGAAACUAAAAAUGAGUUUCUUCUAGUACCGGCGACGGAAAAACCUCUGGUUUCUUCCAGAUUCGGUAACCGAAAACCUGCUGUGAAAAUGAGUCCGGAAGGAGUGAAGUCACUGAAAGUGUCGCGGUCGAAAAAGCCAGAGACAUUAGAGAACACAUGGAAAAUGAUAACAGAGGGCCGUCACGUGCCACUCACGAGGCAUAUGAAGAAAUCAGACACCUUUCACAUUCACGGGCGUCACGUGGCGGCCGUGGACGACGACGCUCCGGAGAAAAACGAGAAUUCCACCACCUUUCCACCGCAGCACCACCACCAGAGGCACGUGCUUAAGUCGGAGACUUUCAAGGACCGAACAAACUAUGUCUCGCCGUCGUAUUCACGGUCGCCGCCGGCUGUGAAGAUCUGGAAGGAUCCGUCGCUGAGCUCCGAUGAGUUGAAUCGGAAAGUGGAGGCGUUUAUUAAAAAGUUCAAUGAAGAUAUGAGAUUACAGAGGCAACAGUCUAUGCAGCAGUACAUGGAGAUGAUUAACCGUGGAGUCUAAA